CCAGCUCUAUAACUUCGGCCCUAUUAAUACAUCAUCUGAGCCCCUCCCCUUUUGGGACCUCAUCACCUUCUUGCGGUCCCGUCCUUACCCUUCCCCUUCCCUUCAGCAUCUCUCUCUCUCUCUCUCUCUCUCUCUCGCGCUCCCCCCCUCCCUCCUUCCCUCUCCCUCUCUCAGAGCAUGAGCAUCUUAAGUAUGAUAGAGGCAAGACUGCCUCCGGGGUUCAGAUUCCACCCUCGGGACGAGGAGCUUGUGUGCGACUACCUCGCGAAGAAGGACUCAGGUGAUGGUGGGAAUGGCAGCUUCUAUGGUUGCCCUAUGAUGAUCGACGUUGACCUCAACAAGUGCGAGCCAUGGGAUCUUCCCGAGCUGGCAUGCGUGGGUGGCAAGGAAUGGUACUUCUUCAGCCUCCGGGACCGGAAGUAUGCGACCGGGGAGCGGACGAACCGGGCGACCCAGUCAGGUUAUUGGAAGGCCACUGGGAAGGACCGACAAAUAAGCCGGCACGGGGUACUUGUCGGGAUGAGGAAGACUCUGGUCUUCUAUCAAGGGAGAGCUCCCAGGGGGAGGAAGACUGACUGGGUCAUGCAUGAAUUUCGCAUGGAAGGACACAGCAACCCGCCAAAGUUUUCUUUCGCCAACAAGGAAGAUUGGGUCUUGUGUAGAGUAUUCUGUAAGAGUAGAGGAGUCACCACCAAGCCAAUCACGGAGACUUGCUGUCAUGACUCAAGCUCUUCCGCCCUCCCUCCCCUCAUGGACACGUAUGUUACAUUCGACCAAGCUCCACUGAGCUUAGAAAGGUACGAGCAAGUUCCCUGCUUCUCCAACCAUCCUCUAAACCUGGCAUUUCACCACCCAAAUGCCAUAGUUCCCACCAUCCCUUUGGUUGAAAGAAGCCUGCCCACCAAGAUCUCAGCACAUAUGGGGAGCCUGCCAGAUAUGAGUUCUUGUGAUAAGAAGGAUAUAAGGGCUGUUGACAUCCCGAAGUUGGAGGACAACCCAAAGAGAGAGGUCCAUCCAAAUCUAGCUCAAGGAAGCUUAGAGGGCUACUUAACUGAAAAUGGCCUGUCCAAUAUUUGGAACACUUGUUGAUUUAGUGAGAUUUGUAGCGUCUGUUAGGAAUUGGUCAUAAAACAUUUGUAGCCACCCACAAAACCUGUACAUAAAUAUAAUCCCAUACCUCUGUUGAGACGAGUGUUUUCUUAGCAUUGUGCAUUUAUUUACCUAUAAGAAAAGAUCUUUUUUGGGGUGUGUUCAGUAAAUU